AUGUCAACCCCAUUUUCGAAGGGGGUCAAUUGGCACAGUCCACAAAGCAAUUGCCGCAAUGCCAUCGUCCGGAGAGCGAAUCUAAUCGCAUGCGGCGGACACUAUCCCAGGAAGCCUAGGGUUAUGAAUCUACCUGUGAAAGAUAUCAUGCUAUGCGAUAAUGACUUCGCUCAGCUUCCCCCAUUGUCACAGUCUGCGCUCGACGGGUGGGUCAGGCCUGGCACCAGUAUGGGUGAUCCUCUACCAACAGCUUCUGUCUCUGAACAAGGAGCAAACAGAAGCCAGACAACAUCAAAUGAAAGUUCUAGCACUUGGCUCCUUCCAAUUUCCAUCAGUACCGACUCAAUCUAUACAAUAUUGGCCAUCUCCGGACCACUUAUACCCGCAGGUGUCUCAGCGCGGACAUCGAUAUCUCCAGCCACUAGUCCUGGCGAAAGCAUCUCCAUGCCAUGUACACUCAGUCCCUCGACUGAGGUCGAUACUGCAAGACUUUCUCGGAUUGACAAGUCUUGCAAUCCAUCAGGCACGAGCACGCGUGACGGAGCAUCUGUCGACGCAUGUAUACAAAGCGGACUGCAAGGCGCCCCGAAAACCUCACAGUCUGAGUCACAUGGUAUGUCCGACGAUUCGUUUGCUACCACCAUGUCGACCUUGCAGGGAUCACUGCCUUCUACAAACAAGCAGGGUGAUUCAAAUCCCACGAUCUCGACGAUAGUCUCGACCAAGACACAAACUCAGUCGGCCAGUACAGUGUCUACCAAUAUAUCAUGGAUUUCAAUUGAAGCAUCAGAACCAAGGCCAAGCACAACAGCUAGCUCCACCGCUCAUGGGGCGAAUAUAUCAGGUCCACUGUCUGCGACAAAGACAACGUCAAGCUCUUCUCCAUCAGCAGUACCAUUGGAAAGCGGAACGCCAAUCGAUGUAUCCAGCACUUCUUCAUCAGCAAAAUCAUACGGGCACACGCUGUCCAUCGCCGUCCCAAUAUCAAUCAUCACAUUCCUCAUCUUGAUAGCACUCCUCCUCCUCCUCGGCUGGCGCCGCGUGCACAAAGACUCAUACAAUAGACACAUGCCGCGUGUCCCGGGCUACAAUACACUGCACCGCUGGUCGAAUACGCGCACUCAGAACCGAAACACCCGUCGGUCCCGCGCCCUCUAUAGCGGCGACAACGACGGUUUUCUGGACGACACGUACGAGCGCCACCGCCGCAGAUACGAGCAGGAUCUACUGAAAACCAAGGCGAAGCGAAGCCUGGAAAUGAGCACCACUUCCCUCGCGAGAAAUCGAGGCAGUAUCGCUGCUUCGGGCACGAACGCUCGCGACGGUGGUGUCGAGCACGGCGAGGUCCCUGCAACACCCACAAACGGUCUCCACCAGGUGAGCGUCGAAACUCAAACAAGUGCCUUGGUCAAGAACAGUGCCGCUGAGACGGACAGUAUGGAGAGCUGGGAGGAGAAAUGGCACAGUUUCGGACGAGAAACGCAGCAGGCUCAGCCGAUUCCAGAGUAG